AUGGGGUGCCCUCGGGUGACGCAAGGCCACGACGGGGCACUCCCGACCGAGGAUGACGUGUGCUACAUCCUGGGCUCCAUCGGUGCCAUGGUGGAGGACCGCCUUGACCUACUCUUUGCUCUCAUGGAGGGCAAGGACAUCACCAGGCUCAUCACCGCGAGCAAGGAGCAGCUCACCUAUGCGUGCUCUGGAGCCACUGCUGCCAUGGUCCCCACUCCUACCGCUGCCGCUACCGAGGCCAAGGAGGAGGCCAAGAAGGAGGAAGAGGAGGAUGUCGGCAUCGUUUGUUGUCGCACCCACGCCAUCUCCAUCAGCGUCGCCCUCCCGUCGCAUGCCAUGGUCGCCCUCGCCCGUCACACAUGUGAUCCAGGUGAGUCGGACCCAAAUCUUCUCCCUGCCGCCCCUCUCUCCAGUCGCUGCUAUUGCACCUAUGGGAGGCCGUAG